AUGGUCGAGCCUACAGCGAAAAUUCUAAGAAUAAGACCUUUAUGCGCAAAUCUAACAAAGCUAAAUGAAACAGAAGUCAACAAGAAAUUUUUCUGCCAACUCGCAAUCUGCGACCAUCUUCAAAAAUCUUCUAAAUGUGAAAAUGGCAAUCUGCUAUUCUGGAAUGACGAAAUUGAAUUUCAAUUUAAGACAGGAGAAUUGCUUAAUGUGUCGUUGUGGGAAGAAGAUAAAGAAGAAGUCAUGAUUGGAAAAGGGGAAUUUCAAUUGUUCAGCUUGGGGGAAGGACAAACUGAACAAUGAAUUCCAUUGAUUAGAGACGAAGAAAGAGUAGGAGAAGUAAAACUAGGUCUGUCGUUAAUAAUUCCUAAAGUGGAAGAAAUUAAGACUGAAGUGUUACCAGAAGUUAUAAGAGAGCAGAAGUCCAAAGUGGAAACACAUGAAAUAGUUAAUCCGCCGGUGACUGAUGUCGAACAAUCUCAAAUUGAAGCUAAAAGUGCAGAGGCUGAUCAUGAUUGGGAAGUUUUGCAGUCAAAAAGCCCUCAAACAAAGCCUCCUGAGAUUGUAGCUUCUGAAAAUAUAGUUGAAGAGAAGUUCAUUCCUCCUGAAGAAUCAAGACAAAUUAUAAGACCCCCAACUGAGCCUCAAAAUCUUUCAGGAAUAUAUUAUCAGGCACCACUCAGUGAUCCUUAUCAAACUUCAGCUACUCAAAGCUCUACCCAAUAUCAUCAAGAUCCAAUUCAGAAUCAACCUUCUAUGUUUUCUGGGCAAUACUAUCCACAACAAGUUUCAAGUCAGCCUUCUCAGCCAAAUUUACAAGAAAUUCCGCAUCCUCUAAUGCAAAAUCAAUCUUCUGAGGCGAAUACUCAAAUCUCCCAAAGUCCUCAGGUUGAGGGACAUCCAAUUCCUCAAGCUAGCACAGAAGUUUCAGCCCAGCCUUAUCAAACUCAUUUGCAGACAACUGAAGGCCAAACUUCUCAACAGAGCUCUGAAAAUCAGGGACAAAUCUUUCAAUCUGGUCCUCAAACUCCUACUCAGCCUGCUGUACAGUCAACUCCUGCUGAGGCUUACCCAACUGGGCCACAAAUGGCGGGGCAACCAUAUACUCAAAUGCCUCAAUAUUAUCAACCUCAAAUGCCUGGACAGUAUGGCCAACCUUAUCAACAACCAUCUCAAUACUAUAAUCAGCCAUAUCAGCCUAGUCCUAAUCAAAGUAGUCAACCUUACCAGCAAGGAGGCCAACCUUAUUCACAAAUCCCUCAGCAACCAUAUCAACAAGUUAGCCAAUCAUAUCCAAAUACCAGCCAACCAUAUCAAAGCCCUUGUCAGCCUUAUCAAAGCCCAGGCCAGCCUUACCAAAAUUUAAGCCAACAAUAUCAAAACCCUCAAAUUCCGCAGUCAUAUCAACCUCACCAGCCAUUACCGCCACCAUGCUUCCCACAAAAUCAGCAAGGACAGAUCCCAAUGCAAUCCAAUUAUCCUCCUCAGCAAAUUCCUUCAAAUCUUAGUGCUGGAAUGCCAUCUGGGUAUAAUCCAAAUAUUUCAGGCCAGCCAGGCUAUCCUCCUCAACCUAUUUAUCCUACAACUCAAAGCUAUCCACCUGGAGCUUAUCAGCAGAAUUUUCCUUAUCCUCAAUAUCCUGGUUCCUCUCAGCAAGUAUAUCAGAAUGCUCAAUAUCCUUCUCAGCCAACCUAUCAGCCGCCAUAUGGAUAUGCACCUUAUCCCCCACAAAGCUUGCCUUCUCAGCCUGGACAAUAUCCUGGGCAACCUCAAGGACCUUACAUUCCUACUCCUGCAUCAAGUGCUCAGCAGCCAACUUCUUUUACUGCAUAUCCGCCUUAUAGUUCAAACCCUAAUCAAAGAAGUUAA